CAUGCUUCCAGUCGGUUCAGUCUCGUGCGCACCCUCGCCGCAGCUCAUCCGUCUCUGCAUGAACGCAGCCCAACUAUAAUAUACACAAACACGCUUCCGAUUUGUACUUUUUAAAUUCAAUCCGAGAAACAUGGACGACUGACUCGGGUGUGAACGGUUUAGUUGAGUGCAAUUUAGGAUGUGGAUGGAGAUUUUGCAGCACCAGCAGAUCAUCUGCUCGCUCUUUGGCGCGCUUCUCGUCGGGGUGUGUGGAAUUUUCCCCCUGCUGGUCAUCCCCAUCGAGGAGGGUGCCAACCUCAAGCACGGAGCUGCGGCCAGGACGCUGAGGAUUCUGCUCAGUUUCGCGGUCGGCGGCCUCUUAGGCAAUGUCUUCUUCCACCUGUUGCCUGAGGCCUGGGCGACUGAACAGAUCGCCUACCUCGCCAAAAACCCAGGCGAAACAAUUCAGGCGAGGACGAGCAUGAGCACGGGAAUGUGGGUGUUGGCUGGAAUUCUAUCCUUCACUGUGCUGGAGAUGGCCCUGCCGGACCAUGACGACUCGUCGGACGAGCAGGAGCACGAGAAGUCGCACAAGUUGCACCAGGAAAAGAAUUGCGAGGAGCGCAACGGCAACUACAUCUCCAGCAUGGCAGUGCUCAGCGAGAAGCACCUCACCGAGGUCAACAAACACAAAAACAACAACAAACCUCCUGAAAAGAGGGUGCAGGUUUCAGGGUACCUGAACCUGAUGGCCAACAGCAUCGACAACUUCAUGCACGGCCUGGCCAUCGGCGGCGGAUUCCUCGUUAGUUUUAAAAUGGGGGUUUUGACCACCCUGGCCAUUCUGGUGCACGAGGUGCCGCAUGAAAUUGGGGACUUUGCCAUCCUGCUCAGGUCGGGCUUUACCAGGUGGGAGGCCGCCAGGGCGCAGGUCUGCACUGCCGGCUCAGGUCUGCUAGGCGCCCUUUCUGCCAACAUCUUCAGUAUGGCUACGUUUGAGGAAAAGACCUCAUGGGUAGUGCCAUUCACUGCAGGCGGGUUCCUGCACAUCGCACUUGUGACCGUCCUGCCCGAACUGAUCGCCGAGCGGGACAAGUGGGAGUCAGCAAAGCAAAUUGCCAGUCUCGUCAGCGGGGUGGCGCUCAUUGCACUGCUCACGCAAACCUUCGACUAAUUCCGGCACCGAUCGAAGGGCACUCAAUUGUUUGGCCCAUUGUUGCCCCGGCGCCGAUUUGUUAUGUUUUGUUCUCACACGCCACGCGGUUGCGUCUUUUUGGUGGAAAUGUAUCAAAAAAAUUUGUGAUCCAAGUUUAAAAUCAGGUUAUUGUUCCGCUCUCAAGCCAUGGUGAGUUUAAAAAUAAACUCUGCGAGUUUUGAAUUAUCAAACUUGAUUAGUCGAAGUUUUGAGAGAGCAAAGUAUUUUGCUAUAAAAUUAAAGUUUUUUAUUUGUGCCAAACUGCCAAAGUUUCUGUAUUUUUUUCUCUUCGUAGUGAGAAAAUUUUAAAAUGACCUAUAUACGGCAUUUUUGAUAAGUCUAUAAUUGUAAGAAAUGUGUUGACUUUUCCCAUCUCGACCACUUCAUAACAUUGAAUCGGAACAGGCAGAGAAUUUUGUGCCUAAUUUGUGUAUAAAAACAAGUAAUUGAGCUAAAUUGUGAUAAUUAGCACUGUUUGUUUGUAGGUAGAUUAGUGUGAAGUGCAUAAUAUAUAUCAAGAGUCAGUAUUUUACCGUAAAAGUUCAUUGUUAUUUGUUGAUAAUUAUGCUAAAAUUUUUGGUAAAAAAUUAUUAAAUUGAAUUUUAUCAUGAAA